AUGUCCCAUCUCGGGCCCGGCAGCAAGCUGGCCAGCAGCAAAGAGCAGGCGGGGCUGCGGUAUCCGUCGAAUGGUAAGACCAUCUACCACCGGCCGCUCAACCGCAGCAAGACGGCCGAGCUCAGCCAGGCCGCCUUCGCCUACCUCUUCUCCGAGAUGGUGAGCUAUGCUCAAAAGCGGUCGACGGGGAUACAGGAGCUUGAGAAGAGACUUAACGAACAAGGCCACCCAAUCGGCCUCAAACUGCUGGACUUACUCCUCAUCCGCGAACCCGCACGCUCCCAGAACCGCCCCCUGAACAUCAUCGCCCUGCUACACUUCAUCAAGAUUAAUGUCUGGACGCACCUGUUUGGCCGGCAAGCGGACCGGCUGGAGAAGAGCUCCAACCCGGACACCCCUGACGAAUACAUGAUCAUUGACAACGAGCCGUUGGUCAAUGCCUACAUCAGCGUGCCACGAGAAAUGAACCAGCUCAACUGCGCCGCGUAUGUUGCCGGGAUUAUCGAGGGUGUCUGCGACGGCGCCAUGUUCCCUGCCAGAGUCACAGCCCAUACGGUUGGUGGUAAAGAGGAAGGAGAGAUGUGGCCUGGGAAGACGGUGUUUCUGGUAAAGUUCCAGCCUGAAGUACUGGAGCGGGAAGCGCUGCUUGGGAAGGGGUAA